AUGCAAUUCUACAGCAAAGAACACGAAAUUAAAGGUAAAGUCGCACUUAUUACUGGUGGUGUGAAGAAUCUUGGAGAAGCAACUGCCAAAGAGUUGGCUAGGUGCGGAGCCAAUUUAUUUUUGCACUUUCAUUCAUCAAAAGAUAAGGAUGCAGCAGAGAAAUUAGCACAGGAUUUACAAAGCACAUAUGCAGACAUUAAAGUAGAACUCUAUCAGGGUGACUUGGAUAAGGCAACAGAUUUGACUGACCUUUUUGAUGCCGCUAAGCAGAAGUUUCCCCAAGGAGUCGAUAUUGCAGUCAACAAUGUCGGAAUGGUAUUAAAAAAGCCCAUUAAAGACAUCACAGAAGCGGAAUUUGACAAAAUGGACAACAUUAAUAACAAAACCGCUUUCUUCUUUAUCAAAGAGGCUUCUAAAAAUGUAAAUGAAAACGGAAAGAUUGUUUCUUUAGUCACAUCACUUUUGGCUGCCUACACUCCAUUUUAUGCUGCAUAUCAGGGUAAUAAAUCUGGAGUUGAAUAUUAUUCGAAGUCAGCCUCAAAAGAAUUACAGUCCAGAGGUAUUUCAGUAAAUUGUGUAGCUCCAGGGCCAAUGGAUACUCCAUUUUUGUACGGACAGGAAACCAAGGAAGACGUUGAAUUUUACAAAACAUGCGGCUUACACGGUAGAUUAACUAAAAUUGAUGAUAUUGUUCCUAUUAUCAGAUUUUUAGUUACUGAAGGCGGUUGGAUAACAGGUCAAACGAUUUACUGCUCUGGUGGUUUCACAGCGCAUUGA